AUGGAGGAGGAGGCGGAACCGUCCUCGGCGGCGGCGCUGGCGCUGGCGCUGGUGGCGCUCGUCGUGGUGCCGGCGGUGGCGCUGCUGGUGCGGGCCCGCUGGCGCCGGGCCGAGGCGCGGAGGGAGGAGGUGCGCCGCCUCGCGCGGCUCGCGGCCGAGGAGGCCGAGCUGGCGGAGCGGGAGUCCGUGCUGGCCUACUACUCUGAGCUGUUCCCGGGCGUCGUGCACGCCGCGGAGGUGCCCGUGGCGCCCGAGUGGGGCCCGCCGCCGGUGCCUGUGGCGGCGGUUCCAGGCCCGGCGGCGCAGGAGGAUUUCGACGCGCAGCAGCAGCCGCAGCCGCAGCCCCAUCCGCCGGUGGGGGCAAAGGGGGUCUGUGCGGUGUGCUUCAAGCCGACCACGUUCAGGUGCAAGCAGUGCAAGGCCGUCAAGUACUGUUCCUUCAAAUGCCAGAUAGCCCACUGGAGACAAGGUCACAAAGAUGAAUGCCAUCCACCAAGUGUUAAUACUAGGCCCGAUGAUGAAGGAAAGGCUGAACAGGGAAGAGCUGCCGAAGAGAAUGUAUCAGUUGGUGUUAAACAGGUUGCUGAAAUGAACAAACCAGUUGUUGGAUCUGGAACUUCUGAUGCAAACCAUAAUUUGAAGAGUUCAAAUGGUAAAAGUAAACAUAUGCCUUCAGAAGCGGUAUGUACCAGUGCAGAGGUUCCUGGAGGUCAUCAGUCCAACAGCACGGUCGAAAUUUCUCAAAAUGUUCCAGUGUCUGUUGACAAUAGUAAGAUGGGAUCAAGUAUCAAACAUGCAAAUUUUGUUGAAGAUGGUUCUUCCACUGUGGACUUAAAUGGGGCGUCGCCAUGUAAGUCUCAGGCUUGUCCACCAAACAUAAAUGGUCAUAAAAGUUUUGUAAGCGAAGAAUUCUGCAAUCAUUCCAAGGAACACCAAAGAGCCAAGGAUGCCAGUGUUGUUGAGGAUUGUUCUCAGACAAACAAUAACAGAGAGGUUGAAGACAGUAGCAUUCCCCAAGCAGCUGCAUCUGUUGUCUUGGAGCCCAAAAGUUCUAGGACUCCUAUUCAUGUGGAACUUGAGAGGUCUAAAACAAAACCUGUUGGGAAUGACAGCAUUCAGAGCACGAAACCUGUGCCAUCUGCAUUGACUGUUGACACAGCCACUUCAGUUCGUGGGAGUAGUUCCAUUACACCUAAUCCAUCUAAAGUAGCAGAUAAUCUUCCUGAUAGAAGUUUUAAAAAACCUUCAGAUAGGUCAGGUUCAACAGCAAAUAAUCUUGCAACAUCUCUGAAGAAAAUGGUCAGGCAGCAAACUGCACCAAAAGUUGUGAUGCAUUAUCCAUCAGAAUCGACACUCUUCCCAUAUGAACUUUUUGUGAAGCUCUACGGCAAGGUUGAGUUGCACCUUUUUGGUCUUCAUAACGUUGGCAACAGUUGCUAUGCAAAUGUUGUUCUUCAGUGCUUGAUGUUUACUCGACCACUCACAACAUAUCUUUUGGAAGGGCUUCACUCAAAAAACUGUUCUCAAAAAGGAUGGUGCUUCAUGUGUGAAUUUGAAAAACUCAUUCUGGAGGGCAAACGGCGCAAGACUGCCUUGUCACCAACUGGGAUACUCUCUCAUUUGCAUGACAUUGGCAGUAGCUUGGGUCCUGGUAAACAAGAAGAUGCUCAUGAGUUUCUUAGGUAUGCAAUUGAUGCUAUGCAAUCCGUAUGCAUGAAGGAAGCAAGAAAAGGAGGUGUUCUUUGGUCAGCGGAAGAAACAACUUUUGUGCAAUUGAUAUUUGGGGGCUAUUUGCGAUCUAAGAUCAAAUGUUCAAGGUGCCAUGUUAGUUCUGAGCAAUGUGAGCCCAUGUUGGAUCUUACUGUUGAAAUAGAUGGUGACAUUAGCUCGCUCGAUGAGGCACUUGUGCGGUUUACAUCCACAGAAGUCUUGGAUGGAGAAAACAAAUAUCACUGCUGCAGAUGCAAAUCCUAUGAGCGUGCUAAAAAGAAGCUGACAAUAGAAGAAGCGCCGAAUAUUCUGACUAUUGCACUGAAAAGAUAUCAGUCUGGCAAGUUUGGAAAGAUCAGCAAAGCCAUCAGAUUUCCAGAAACCCUCAACAUGCUUCGCUAUAUGAACCCAGAUACUGAUGACAUAUCGCCGAUUUACAGCCUCUAUGCAGUGGUUGUCCAUCAUGAUGUCAUGAAUGCUGCCUUCUCUGGCCAUUAUGUAUGUUAUGUUAAAGAUACACAGGGAAAGUGGUUUAAGGCAGACGACAGUCAGGUGAAACCUGUAUCUCUGGACAAUGUUAUGUCGAAGUGUGCAUAUAUGCUGCUGUAUGCAAGGUGUUCACCGAGGGCACCAAACUCUGUUAGGCAGGCUAUGGGGGACCCAACACACCCCAAGAAGGCCAAACAGAAGGUGGUUCUAGGAGGGACAACAUGGCGAGGAGGUUCCUUAAACAGGCAUCAAACUGGUCAGCCACAUAGGGACCACACGGCAGAUGACCUUACCCAUGCAUUUGACGAAUAUAGAGAUGCACCAUAUUCACCUUCAGAUUCUCCGAGUCCUAGCGAGAGUUCAUCCCUCUUCAGCAACUCGGACGCAGGGUCGCACAGCACUGUCAGCACCGACAGCAGCGAGAGCACGAGGAACUCGACCAGCACCGAGGAGUAUGAGUGCGUGUUUGGAGCUGCUGAUCAGAUGUACCCAGGAGGCCCCAUGGGAGGAGCACCUGUGGAGAGUGACUAUCAGAGUGACUAUCCGACGUAUUCCCGUUCGAGGUCCAGCUUGAAUACCAGCUCAUCAGGCCGGGAGGCAUACAGUGCGGAUAGCUCUGCGGAGCACAAGCUUCAUUGUGGUUCCGGUGGGCAUUGGGUUGAGGGCGAUGAAAGCCCGUCCUUGUUGUAUACUGACAGAAGUAAUCAGCAGUUGAGCAGUAAGUUAACAUACCAGUAUAGGCAGUUAGAUAGGAGCGGACAUGACCCUGGAGAAACCAGGGGCGGUGUCUUAUUGAGAAGACCAUCUAGGGACAGGACCGCCCAAACAUUUUAUUGA